AUGUCAACAAACAAGAGGAAGAAAACCAACCAAACUCCGGAAAACAAGUUCCAGUUCGAGCUCAAUGCAUGCUCUAAAUCAAAAGACUUUCGCGGCGCAAUCUCGCUAUACGAUGAUGCUGUUUCGAAGAAAACCCGUCUCAACCAACACCACCUCAACGCACUACUCUAUCUCUGUUCCAAUGCAGUCACUGACCCUUGUCUUAAACAGCUUGCAUUAGAUUAUGGAUUUCGUAUAUUCGAUCAUAUGUCCUCCCAAAGUAUCACUCCUAAUGAAGCGACUGUUGCGACCGUAGCUAGACUCGCUGCUGCCAAUGGUGAUGGUGACCGCGCGUUUGAAUUGGUGAAAAAAAUUGGUGAUUAUAAUGUUGCACCUAGGUUGAGGACUUAUGAUCCGGCGUUGUUUUGUUUUUGUGAAUCUCUUGAUGCUGAUAAAGCGUAUGAGGUUGAGAUGCAUAUGUAUGGUGUUGGGGUUAGUUUGGAGGAAGAGGAAAUUGCGGCGCUUUUGAAGGUUAGUGCCAAGAAGGGUAGGGCUGAUAGGGUUUAUAGGUAUCUUCACAAGCUAAGGAGUAGUGUGAGGUGUGUGGAGGAAACUACGGGAAUGGUUAUUGAGGAGUGGUUUCGGAGUAGCGAGGCGCGUGAGGUUGGGAAGGAGGAUUUGGAUGUGGAGAGGGUUAGAGAGGGAGUUUUGAGAAAUGGAGGAGGUUGGCAUGGUUUGGGGUGGGUUGGAAAAGGGGAUUGGGUUGUGAGUAGAACGAGUGUUGAUGGUGAUGGGAUUUGUCGUGGAUGUGGUGAGCAAUUGGUUUGUGUGGAUAUUGAUGAUGAGGAGAUGGAGAAAUUUGCUUCGUCUGUUGCUGCAUUGGCUGUGGAGCGUGAGGUCAAGGCAAAUUUUAGUGAAUUUCAGGGCUGGCUUGAGAAACAUGAUGGUUAUGAAGCCAUAGUGGACGGUGCCAAUGUUGGACUCUACCAGCAAAAUUUUGCUGAAGGUGGAUUUAGCAUUCAGCAGCUUGAUGAUGUUGUGAAAGAAUUGUACAAUCAAAGCGGGGGAAAAUGGCCGCUGGUUAUCCUACAUAACAAGCGUGUAAGAGGGCUAAUGGAAAAUCCUUCCAGCAGAAAACUGGUAGAGGAGUGGAUGAAAAACGGCGUGCUAUAUACAACUCCAAAUGGAUCCAAUGAUGAUUGGUAUUGGCUCUAUGCUACCGUAAAACUCAGAUGCUUGCUUGUGACAAAUGAUGAAAUGCGAGAUCACAUAUUUGAACUCCUAGGAAGCAACUUUUUUAACCAGUGGAAAGAAAGACAUCAAGUUCACUAUACUUUUAUUAAGGGGAAGUUGAAACUUCAGAUGCCACCAUCAUACUCAUUGGUUAUCCAGGAAUCAGAAAAAGGAUCAUGGCAUGUGCCUUUGGGACUAGGCACUAGCAACGAGUCUUCGAAACCUUGGCUCUGUGUUACGCGAACAACUGCGGAUGAUGCUGUGGCUACUGUUUCUAAUGGUGUGGGUACUUGUGGAAAUUCUGGAAAUGGUCAUCGAGACGAGGCACAGAAAUUAGCAGGCAAUGUUGAUAGCUUAGAUUCACCAGUCAUUGAGAAUAAGAGUACUUCUGUGACUGGUAAAAGAAAAGAGAGGUCUCAUCCUUCAUGA